UCCGAACAACUUGAAACAUUCUCACGUAUUCACUUGCCUAGUAAAAUAUCAUUUCUCUCUUUUUCCUCUAAGAAAAAGUUUACUAUACAUAAAUUAGGAAAAGAAGAAACAGGUAAGGGGAUGAAUCGAAAUUGAACCUCACCAUAAAAAUUCAGGUUGUUAAUCAAUUGAACCAGUGACAAUCUAACAUCCCGACUAAUAGAAUAUCCAGCAGGAAUCUGCUUUUUGAAAAAAAAAAAAAAAAAAAGAAGAUUAUUGUUAGGAGAACACCUCAUUCAUUUCAAUUUCCAACUAACUUAACAAACCAUUGAAUUUUGUUUUUUGGUCAAACUACAAAUUUCAUGGAAAAAAUAAGAAAAUCCAGUUUUUCAUAGGUAAAGAUGAUGAAGAAAAUCAACAAAAUUUGUGUAGCACUUGGCUUUCAUUUUUUUCUUGUAAUAGUUGCAGCUACAAAGCCAAUACCAUCAACAUUGGAUGGUCCAUUCAAGCCAGUAACUCAUAGAUUUGAUCCUUCAUUGCGUAAAGGCAGUGAUGAUUUGCCAAUGGACCAUCCAAGACUUAAGAGGAAUGUUACUUCAUUUUUCCCAGAACAGAUUGCUCUUGCCUUGUCAACAGAUUCAUCUUCAAUGUGGGUUUCUUGGGUCACUGGGGAAGCUCAGCUUGGUCUAAAUGUGACUCCACAUGAUCCAAAAACAGUAGCAAGUGAGGUAUGGUACGGGAAGGAAAGUGGGAAGUACUCAAUGAAGCAAAAUGGGGUUUCGGUUGUUUACAGUCAGUUGUAUCCAUUUGAAGGUCUAUGGAACUACACCUCUGGCAUCAUUCAUCAUGUGAAGAUUGAUGGUGUUGAACCUGAAACAAAGUAUUACUACAGAUGUGGGGAUAGUUCUUUAGCAGCAAUGAGUGAGGAACUUGAAUUUGAGACCUUUCCAUUGCCUGCCCCUAAUAAGUAUCCACGACGAAUAGCAGUUGUUGGCGACUUAGGUCUUACAAGCAAUACAAGUACAACCAUUGAUCAUCUCAUAAUGAAUGAUCCUUCUAUGAUAUUGAUGGUUGGAGAUAUAACUUAUGCGAAUCAAUACCUUACAACUGGUGGUACAGGAGCAUCAUGCUAUUCUUGUCAGUUUCCAGAUGCACCCAUAAGAGAGACAUUUCAACCUCGAUGGGAUGGAUGGGGAAGGUUUAUGGAGCCGUUAAUCUCAAGAGUUCCAAUGAUGAUUAUUGAAGGAAACCAUGAGAUUGAGCCUCAGGCAGCGGGGCUGACAUUCCAAUCAUACUUGGCUAGAUUUUCUGUUCCUUCAAAGGAGUCUGGCUCCAACAGUAAUCUCUACUACUCUUUUGAUGCUGGAGGAGUCCAUUUCAUCAUGCUAGGAGCCUACGUUGACUAUAAUCAGACCAGUGCUCAGUAUUCUUGGCUUCAGGAUGAUCUGGAAAAGGUAGAUCGUGGCGUGACUCCUUGGCUGGUGGCUGCAUGGCAUGCUCCUUGGUACAAUAGCUAUUCGUCACACUAUCAAGAAUUUGAGUGCAUGAGGCAGGAAAUGGAAGAAACACUAUAUACAUAUCGCGUUGAUAUAGUUUUCUCUGGUCAUGUGCAUGCAUAUGAGCGAAUGAAUCGAGUCUUCAACUAUACCUUGAAUCCAUGUGGCCCUGUUUACAUAACAGUCGGAGAUGGUGGUAAUAUUGAGAAAGUUGACGUUGAUCAUGCAGAUGAUCCUGGGAAAUGUCCUUCACCAGGUGACAACAUUCCAGAAUUUGGAGGUGUAUGUCACUUGAACUUUACCAGUGGACCUGCCAAAGGAAAAUUUUGCUGGAACAGACAACCAGAAUGGAGUGCACAUAGAGAGAGCAGCUUCGGCCAUGGGAUACUGGAGAUGGUAAAUUCAACCCAUGCGUUGUGGACUUGGCACCGCAAUCAGGAUAUUUACCGUGAAAACAGUCAUGGUGAUCAAAUAUACAUUGUACGACAACCUCAAUCUUGCUCUGUUGCCUCAAAGGUACCCUUUCAUCUACCUCAAAGGAUAGAAGGUUGAGUCCAUCAAUACCACCGGUGUUGGACAUUGCAGCUGCACGAGUAUCCUCUUUUCUUUAUUACAUAAUUUUGCCCGUAGUUAUCCUCGUAGGCCUUCUUAGCAACCACUGAGUAAUUGGAAGUUGUGACAUAAUUUGCUUACACUAUAGUGAUCUUGCUACUGAGAUUACAUAUGUUGGCGUUGUCAAUAGCAGAUUGUACACUACAGUAUUGUUAAUAUUCAACUUCUGUACUAUAUGUAUCUUUCGCUUUUGGAAAGGCAACUGGUAUUCUGAUAGACUUUUCUGUGAAAACAGUAAAUAAGAUGUUUUACGAUAAAUGGUGAAUAUGUACACUUUAUCAUUUGCAUUUGUAUACAAAUAAGUGUAUGAAUUUAUUGUAGUUUCUUGAGUCUAAAAUA